CCUGAAACUUGGGGAAUAAAGAAGAUUUAUUACCCGUCACAUAAGCUAAGUAGCAGUAUAUUUUACCCAUUAAUACCUUGGUUUUAUUUAGCAUAUGCUUGUUUGUUUGGUUGAUGGUUUGAUAUUUUGAUCAAUGGCCAUCAGCCGGUCCCAUCUUAUCUAAAUCCAGAACCACACGUCUCUCGGAUUCUGCAUUUCACUUCAGAUGACAAGUAAAUUCUCUCCUGUUCAGGUUUACAGCAUCCCUAGCAUGGAUGGUGAUUACAUCCAGCAGACAGUUACCAUCGACAACGAGGGGAAAAUAGUCAUCAUCCACAUCCACGAGGGAUCUUGCUCUUCGGAUACAAUUUUUGACUAUAAGCAUGGGUACAUCGCCAUGCGGAUCUUCUCCCGAAAGGCUUGCUUCGUGAUGAAGAUGGAAAAAGGCUACAUUCCAGAGAUUAAAGAAAUUGGGCGGUUGGCUUAUGAGAGACAGAUGAUGGGACGAAUGUUGUCAGGAAGAAACCUGUGGGUGAAAUACGAACCUGCAAAUUCUUUCUUCGGAGAAAUCAAAGAGUGGUUCAUUUUUGGAAAACCCAUCGAGCAUCUCUGCAGGCACAUACCUGUUUAUAAAGUAAAAAGAGCUGGAUAUGAAGUACAUACCAGUAGUUGCGUUAAGGCUGGCAUCUUAAAUAUUUUGGGUAUUUCCAUUUGUGGAAAUACCAACCGGAGUCCCUGA